AGUUUUGUAUACUCAGGAGACUUGUCAAAGAAGUCUACGAUGAAGUUUGCUGUUUUCUGUGCACUGUUCGCAGUUGCAACUUGCGCCUCUUUGGGCCCAAGUUCCAUGGGUGGAGAUAUUGAAAGAAUAGUCCAAAAGUACGGCUACAAGAUCAACAAAUACGAGGUCCAAACUGAAGAUGGUUACAUCUUGAACUUCCACCGCCUCUACCAAGGUGCCGACGGUUCCAGCAACGAACAAACCGACAAAUCCGAAAGGGAAGUCGUCCUCUUGUUCCACGGCUACUUGUUCGACUCCGAAGAAUUCGUCAUGGGCGGCAAAACUGAAGCUUUGGCCUUCUACCUCAUCGAACAAGGUUUCGAAGUCUACCUCGCCAACGCCAGAGGUACUGUUUACGGCAUGAGACACGCACACUUGAACCCCAAGAGCGAUUCCGCCUUCUGGAGAUACUGCUUCCACGACAUCGGUGCCAAAGAUUUGCCGGCUGUCAUCGACAAAGUUUUGGAAAUUAGCGGACGUAGCAAACUCCACUUCAUCGGUCACAUGGAAGGUUCCGCCGCUUCUUACGUCCUCCUGUCCGAAAAACCCGAAUACAACGACAAAAUCGAAAAUCUGAUCUCCCUCGGACCUAUGGCUUACUUGCAAAACUCCAAGCACGAACUCAUCAACAAGGCCAUCAACUACGACAGAGUCACUUUCAACAAGAACUUCGGAAUGAGCACCUUCAACCCAAGCGAAUUGGUGAUGAAGGAUGUCAGAGACCGUUGCGUCAGCGAAAAGUACGAACGUAAAGUCUGCGACAACGCCUACUUCUUGAUGAACGGCUACAACUCCGUGAACUACAACGAAACCACCGUCGACGAAAUCUUGCCAAGAGUACCAAUUCAGGCCGCCUCCAAGGCACUCCUUCACUGGGUACAAAUCAAAAAAUCCGGACGUUUCGAAAAGUUCGACGAGAACUUCUCAGGCAAGACCCAAGGACUCCGUCAAGUUGAAGAGUACGACUUGUCCAAGAUCACGGUGCCAGUUGCCUUCUUGUACGCCCCCAACGACUACUUGUCCAGCGUUGAUGACAUCAACACUUUGAAGGGCAAGUUCACCAAGGUCUAUGGUGACUACAUGUUCGAGGAGUUCUCCAACAACAUGGAUCUCAUUCUUGCCAAGGAUGUUGAAAGGGUCAACCAGAAGGUUGUUGAAUUCUUGAAAGUCAACAGUGUUUGAUUAUCCUGUUGGAAUCAAUUGUACAUAGAAAUGGCAUAAAUAAAUUGUACAAAGUCUA